AUGAAGGUCAAAGAACGCGUUGAUUGGACAGCUGUCGAUGCUCAAAUUCACGGUGAAGGCACAUCAAGCCCAAAUACGCAAGUUCCAUCCGGAAAGUCUUCAAGCUCACCACCAUCCAAGUCAUGUACCUCCGUGCGACUGUCAUCAGCUGAAAAGCCGCUGUCGACAAUUCCAUCCCAUUCUCUUAUACGCGAUCCUUUGGAUCCCUGCUGGUCAGGGUAUUUUACCAAAGAAGAGAUACAAGAGAUACAGAUGCAUAAUGCUCUGCAGCUUCGAGAGUUGCCUGAAGGUCUACAAGCCUAUCUGCAACUAUUUGCGAAUAAGCACGUUCUCGAAGACUUGGUAGAGCUGCAUUUCAGACAUCGCUUCCACCUGUCUCAAGUUGACGAAUGCUGGGCCGAAAAGGCAAUUGGCGAAGUGCUUGACUUAUACUACUACUCGUACAACUUUUUCAACAAAACCCAAAACGACCUAUUACGCCGUCUAUGGGUUUUCAUCGAAAAGUGUUUUGACGAGAGCGUGUUUGAAGCUGUCAUGUAG